AUGGUCACUGGCUCGCUGUAUCAACCGCCCAGCUACUACUCACUGACUCGAGUUCGCCUUCGUCGAACGUGCAUCGUGCCUAAAGCGUUGGCUUGGCAAGUCACUGCGUUCCGGAUAGCGGAACUGGAACAGCGUGUGGUCCAGCUCAACCGCGACGUGCAGGCUGCCCGCAAGGACCGCGACGAUGUCAAUUUUCGCUACGACCAGUUCAAGCUCGCAGUCGAGCAGGGGAAGCGCAUAUCUCGUCGGGACCAUAAGGACGCCGCGCACGGCGAAGUUGAGGAGCUACGACGCCGCGUCCGCGAGCUCGAGGGGCACAAUGAGGACUUGCAGGCCCGUCUCCAGCUGGCGUUCGAGGAGGAAGAGACGUUCCAGGGUGAGUGCUUGCGGGAUGUGCGAGAUCGAGUGCACAGCAAGAUGUUUGCCGGGGAGACGCUCGAGCGCGCGGAGAUGCGCGAGCGGAAGAGCUGGUUUGGACGGUGGGUUUGCGUCGCGGUCAGCGCUGACUCAAGGCCACGGCGGAAGGGAGGGCUGUCAAUCAUGGACAUGCUCCCGGCAUAG